GAUUAUUCGGCAGAUGUACGAAAGCCCAGGCAGUCAUUGGCUGGCUCCUAGAAAAUCUAAAAAAGAAAGAGAAAUCCCCACGAUUUCUCCUCAAAUGUAGCGCCGGGGGAAACAAAAUCGCCCUAAACGGAGACGCCGGAACGAAUCAAAACCAUCGCGAGAAAACGGAAAGCAAAAAGCCCUCCAAACCCCACCCAAUCCCGAGAUCCAGCGAGCAGCCGCAUUGCCGCAGAUCGAGAUGGCGCCGCAGCUGACCGGCGCGCCAGGCUCGGCGGCGGCGGCGGCCGGCGCGGCGGCCGUCAAGUCGCAGUUCCACCACUACCACCACCACCGCCUCCCCCCGCGCCACCACCACUCCUCCGCGACGUCGCUCCUCUCCAAGCUCGCCUUCUGGUCCGUCUGCUCCCUCUCGCUACUCCUCGCCUUCCUCCUCCUCUCCCCCUCCGCCGCCCCCGCCCCGCGCGCCUCCCCCGACUCCCCGCGCCGCUCCCUCCACGCAUCCCCUUCCGCCACCUGGGGCGGCGCCGCCUGGGAGAAGAAGGUGCGGGCCUCCGCGCGGGUCAGACGGACCAACGGGCGUGGCCUCUCCGUCCUCGUCACGGGGGCCGCGGGCUUCGUCGGCUGCCACGCGGCCGCCGCGCUGCGCCGCCGGGGCGACGGCGUACUCGGACUCGAUAACUUCAACGACUACUACGACCCCGCCCUCAAGCGCGGCCGGGCCGCACUACUCGCACGCUCGGGGGUCUACGUUGUCGACGGCGACAUCGCGGACGCCGAGCUCCUCGCCAAGCUGUUCGAUGUCGCGCCUUUCACGCACGUCCUGCAUCUCGCUGCUCAGGCAGGCGUGCGGCACGCGCUCGUUGACCCGAUGUCCUAUGUACGGGCAAACGUGGCCGGACUCGUGGCGCUGCUUGAGGCGGCGCGCGCAGCCGACCCGCAGCCGGCGAUCGUCUGGGCAUCUUCGUCUUCAGUGUACGGACUGAACUCUCAUGUGCCUUUCUCCGAGCAUGACAGGACGGACCGACCAGCGUCUCUGUAUGCAGCGACCAAGAAGGCUGGUGAGGAGAUCGCUCAUGUCUACAACCACAUCUAUGGGCUCUCGCUCACCGCCCUCCGGUUUUUUACCGUCUAUGGGCCGUGGGGGCGCCCCGACAUGGCAUACUUCUUCUUCACCCGGGACAUUCUUGCUGGUCGACCAAUCACGGUGUAUGAGAGUUCUGGUGGAGGCACACACCAGACCACAAUUUCCCGGGAUUUCACCUACAUUGAUGAUAUUGUGAAAGGGUGUGUUGCGGCAUUGGAUACAGCUGGGCGGAGCACAGGCAGCGGUGGCAAAAAGCGAGGGCCGGCGCCAUUCAGGACAUACAAUUUGGGGAACACGUCUCCUGUGCCGGUGACACAGCUGGUGGAUUUACUGGAGAAGAUGCUCAAGGUGAAGGCUGUGAGGAGAGUUGUUAAGAUGCCAAGGAAUGGGGAUGUGCCUUACACACAUGCUAACAUCAGCCUUGCACAGCGGGAGCUUGGGUACCAGCCAUCAACUGAUCUCCAAACAGGGCUCAAGAAGUUUGUACGGUGGUAUCUUGAGUACUACAUGCCUGAGUUGGCUGUGAAGCUGAAGCAGCACGGCAGUAGCAAUAGCAAGGGUUUGCGUGGUCGGAAUGGCAGCACGAGCAGCGCAAGAUGACUGACUGUUCAGUUUCUGGAUGCCCCUCUUCUGACGGUGUGUAUCAGAGAUCUGAUCCCGUGCUUAAUUCAUCAGAUUUUGAGGGGCUCAUAUUACUCAGCGCCUUCUUCAAGUGAAAUGAAACGAUCAUUAAGUAGCCUAGUGUUGGAAAACUGUUGCUUCUGUUUGCUUCCCAUAGCUGAGCAUUCACUCCCUGGUUCCAUUAGUUGGUUCUUAGGAUGACACUGCUCAGAAGAUUUUUCAAUCAUUUUGGGGACAGGCGGUGCAUUUUAAAGACCACGAUAGAUUCUUUUAGUGACAUUCUGUACCACAGGAGAGAAGGAAGUACAUCAUGACUCUGUUUCUUUUGUUCAAUUGAAAUAGUUCUGAUCGACAUUCAGUUCUCUCUGAACCAUAUGUCUUACUGAAAUUCAUGUUAGUUUCCUGUAUGGUGGUCCAUACUCUUAGGACCUCUGGUAUAAAAUAUUUUGUUCUCAUGAGAAUAUUAGAAUCUAGUAUUUCCUUUGUGAA